UAGGCUGAAAGUCCCCUGACUUUUACAAAAUUUUAGUACACCAUUGCAACAUUUUAUCAAAUUUUUUGUAUUUAUUUAUUUUUUUUUUUGGUGAUAAUUUAUAGAAUGGCUCUUCGAGGUAUUUGUUUAAGGCUCCCACAACAUAGACUUUUUAAGUCGGUCUCUAAGGUACAAUCUUUUAAAAAACAUAGCGCCUUUCGAUAUGUUUCUGGAAGCUCGGCAGCUGAGCCAAUGGUACCAUUCUUGGAUACCCCAAGUUGUGUAUUUUCAGUUGAGGCUUUGAACCAUCAUUGGGGUGCUUGGCCAGUUGUUCUAAUUUCGAUGUUUGGGGCAGCUUGCGAGUUGCUUGCUAUAAUUCGUUUGGCAGUAAUGCGGGAUGAUGUAUGGUAUACUAAGGGCCCAGCUCCUUGUGAAAUUAUCGAGACCCGGAAGGGCUAUACAGCACCUUCACGCAAGAUGUUAGUCGUGAAUCAAAAAUAUGAUACUCCUAAAGGAGUUUUGGAUGCUACAUGUGGCGAUGUCGAUGGGGGGUCACCCAGUAAGUAUUUCACUUCGUGUGUCUUAUUGAAUUUGACGCUUCUCUUCUCUACGAAUGCGGCUUAUUCUUAUUCUUGUCGAUCUUUGAAAAAUUCGCAUUAAUGCGCGUGCAAUUUUCUUCUAGGCGAAGAGAAACCAAAAAAAAGUGAAGUUAGUACUAAGGCAGUAGCAGCUCACGCGAUAGCCAGUCUUGGUGUUAUGUACAUGGCUUUUAUUAUGUAGCGAUAUGUACCCGGGAGAAGUGUCAAGUUCAAAAUGCAAACUAUAUACUAACUAAAGUUACAAUUAAAAUUUAUAAAAAUAUUUACAGCUGAUGAGGGUGCCAAAAAGAAAAAGAAAUAAAUUAACUAUCCUAAGAUGAUUUUUUAUAGAAUAAUAAUUUCUAAUUCAGCAUUCUAUUCUUCGGCCUGACUGAUUGACUUGAACUCAGUCCAAACGGUAAAUUAAAUCCCAGAAGGAUGCAAUUUGUAAACAACGAUCUUUAUCAUAUUUUAUAGUGCAAUAAUCUUUAUUCUUGUCAUUAAAUUUACUAUUAUCGUGGCUCGCA